ACAAGGGAGAAGGAUAUCGCAGUACGUUUUGUAGAUAGAAAGAGAAAGCGACGGCGGACGGAGGGAUCUGGGUCAACGGCCUUUGACCGAAUGAGGGUAAAUGUGUAAUUCAACACACAACAGUUACAGAGAUAAUAUAAUACAAUACAUACGAGCACUCUGGUUCAGGGGAAAAGAGAGAGAGAGAGAGAGAGUGAGAGAAGAUGAGAGAAGAUGAAUGAUUUGGGUGUUUUCUGUUUGCUAUCCUCUGCUUCCUUCCUUCUUAUAACCUCUUUUGCUUUUUUGAUUCUUACCUCCAUAUCUAUCAUCUUCGUAUUAGAGUGAAGCACGGAAGGCAGACCGGAGACUCGAAUGAGAACCAGGAGGGGGUUUUGUUACCCUAGGGAGGGUACUUUUCUGGGGAAUACUUCUGUUAAGAAGAAGAGAGAUGUCACCGGAGGAGGAGACCACUUCUCUUUCCGCAAACGACAAAGAUUCUCGCCGGAGUUUGUCGGAGACCGCGAUUUGUUCGAUUCUCUCCCUGAUGAUCUAGUCAUUUCUAUUCUCAGUAACCUCAGCUCAACCGCCCUUUGCCCGUCUGAUUUCGUCAACAUUCUGAUCACAUGCAAGAGAUUAAACGGUCUGGCUCUCAGUUCUCUGGUAUUAUCCAGAGCAUCGCCGAGAGCUUUUGCCAUGAAAGCCAAGAAUUGGUCAGAAUCCGCUCACCGCUUCUUGAAACUCUGCGCCGAUGCCGGGAAUGUCGAAGCUUGUUACACUCUCGGCAUGAUUCGGUUCUACUGUCUGCAAAACCGCGGCAGUGGAGCUUCUCUCAUGGCAAAAGCCGCGAUUAGUUCCCAUGCCCCGGCUCUGUAUUCACUCGCUGUGAUACAGUUCAACGGCAGCGGCGGCUCCAAGAACGAUAAGGACUUACGAGCCGGCGUCGCUCUCUGCGCGCGAGCCGCUUUCCUUGGCCACAUCGACGCGCUCCGGGAGCUCGGCCACUGUCUUCAAGACGGCUACGGAGUUCCACAAAACAUCUCAGAAGGACGACGGUUUCUCGUACAAGCCAACGCUCGCGAGCUAGCCGCUGUUCUCUCUUCGGCUGCCGCGUCGGGGAUCUCGGCGCGCUCCUGGCUAACAUGGAGCCCGCAGCCGAGCCAGCGUGUCGCGGCGGGGCUUGGAUGUCCGCUGCUUAGCGACUUCGGUUGCAAUGUACCGGCUCAAGAGGCACACCCGGCGAGCCGGUUCCUGGCGGAGUGGUUCGGCUCACGCGGCGGGAUUCCUGGACCGGGGCUGAGAUUGUGCUCGCACGUGGGGUGUGGGAGGCCGGAGACGAGGAAACACGAGUUCCGGCGGUGUUCGGUGUGCGGAGCGGUGAACUAUUGUUCACGCGCUUGUCAGGCGCUUGAUUGGAAAGUCCGGCAUAAAGCGGAGUGCGCACCUGUAGAGCGAUGGGGGAACGAAGAAGGGGAAGGUGGUGAGGGUAACGGCAACCAUGCCGUGAACGGUGAUGUUAACGGUGAGGAGUUGUUUAUGGGGAUGGGCGAGAGUUAAAGAGUGAUUUUGACGGCAACGGCAACGGUAACGGCACAUAAUGGUUUUAAGGCCUGGAGGAGAGAAAAAUUUGAGAAAAGAAAAAUAGGCCAGUUUUGGGGGAAUUUAUUUAAGAUAAGAUUCUUCUUCUUCUUCUUAUUAUGUGGUCGUUGCUGUUGAAUUUUUUUUUUUUUUUUUUAAAUCUCCCUUUUUAUUUAAUUUUGUAUUAUAAGAGCAACUUUUGUCAAUUUGAAUUGGGGUAAAUUAAAAUUAAAAUUAGUA